AUGAGUAGGCCACGGUUUUUGACAGAGUCCGAAAGAGCCAAAAUUCUUGAGUUCACCGAGCAUAUACACUACAGCCCCCGGUAUACGGACGACACUAAUGAGUACCGGCACGUCAUGUUACCCAAAGCGAUGUUGAAGCUGAUUCCACAAGAUUACUUCAACCCGGAAACCGGAACUUUGAGGAUUCUUUUAGAGGACGAAUGGAGAGGGUUGGGCAUAACGCAGUCUUUGGGAUGGGUGCAUUACGAGACGCAUGCGCCAGAGCCGCACAUUUUGCUCUUCAAAAGGCCCAUCAACUUUGAUCAAUAA